CUGAGGAUGGACGCUGGCUCGCCUUUCCCCGACGCCCAGCCGACGGGACCGGGAUGAAAAAUUGCGUGACACGCAACUAGCGUGGCCGCCAUCUUCGUCUUCUGGGCACGUCAGCUUAGCUGGUUAAAGCUGAAGAGGACCUUUGCGCAAGCGCACCCAAGACGGUCACAGGUAACUCCCAUCUGACGGGAGAGGCGUAGCCGUCGUCGCCGGAAGUUUGGUGUUUGCGCCGCGGGGAGGCGGUGGCCGCGGCAGAAGCAGCUGAGUGUCUCUGGAUACCCGGAUGUGAGGCGAUCUGUUGGCACCAGUGGGAUCCGCAGCCAGGCAAAAGGUUGUAAAAAUCAAAGAAGAAUAUGUGAUAUAUUGUAUGUGGUGGACCAUUACAGCCUAACAUUCUUGCUAUUUGCCCCUUCACAGGAAGAGAAUACCAGGAAGCAAGUAGAAACAUCAUUUAGAGGCAACAUUAGUUAAAAAGGUGAUAUAUGAUGUUUUUCCAUUAUGGUGCUGUGUAAUGUUUUAAAGCAGAUUAUAAGGAAUGGUUUUAUCAGAUUUUCAUGAGUUAUGGUGGCUAAAACAUCAGUUCUAUCUUGUUGGAAAAGAAUUAAAUGGCAGCACAAAAGGAAAUCUAUGUUAAUAGAAUAUUCUGUUAAACAAAGGAGGUUAAUUAAGAACUGCAAACCAACAGACUCAGCACACAAGAAACGAAACGUGUUAGCCAUAAGACAUGUUUCAAAUGAAUCAAAGUCCAGUAACUAUAGAUUUCAGAAGAAGAAAGUUUUCAAAACUUUUGUCAAAACAGACAGUUUACUGAUAAAUAACUCCUCCAGUAACAGAGCUAGGCCUGAAACUAAAAUUAAUUGAAAUUAACAAAACAAAUUUGAAUGUGAAUUUUCUUUUCAUCAAAAACAUAAGAAAAUAUAAAAUUAGAAUUAAAUUUUUUUUCAAAUUUUUAUUGCCUUGUCCAGUGUAAAGCAGAUAUCAGCACUCAUGCCAGCUUUCUUGUGUCCUAGGAAUGACAGAAACCUUGCUUGAAGCAGACUAGUAUUUUUGUUGAAAAUGUAUAUUAGCAUCAGUUAAAGUUGAUUUUUUUUUUUUUUUAAAGACCUGCUCCUCAGUAAUAAUACUAAAUAUUCAGCAUUUGCACCAACCAGGACACAAAAAUCCUCUUAAACUACCCAGCAAAGGAAGACUCAGGAAUGAUGUCCAUUCAGGAGAAAUCAAAAGAAAAUUCCUCCAAAGUUAUUAAAGAAAGUGAAGACAAGCAUUUAAAAAUAGAAAUUCAAGGUUCUCAAAACAAUCUAGCAAAACAGUCAGGUUCAAAGGAAACUAUAAAGUCACUGGUUAAAUCUCCAAAGGAAAGUAAGCUAAAUCAGCCUGAAUUGGGAACCCGCAUGAGUACAAGGUCAGCAAAGGCAGCCUCCUCUGAUAAUAAAAGUAUGUUAACUGUGAAGGGGCAGUCACAAGAAUCUACAAAAAAAAAAUUAUGUCAGAAAAGAAUAGCACAUGAAACCCCUAAAGCAAAUGAGCAGCUUAACCGGAGAUCACAAAGACUACAACAGUUAACUGAGUGUUCAACAAGGUCUUUGCGUAGUAGAGAGAUUCAUGGUCGAGUUCAAGCAGUUAAACAGAGUUUGCCACCAACAAGAAAAGAGCACUGUAACAAUAUUCAAAGUAAAUCUAAUAAAUUUAAAACAAGUCAAAAGCAUGUGAAAAGAAAAGUAAUGGAAAUAAAGUCUGAUUGUAAGGAGGAUGCAAAUUCAGUGGUUGAUGAGGUCAUCAAUUCCCCAAAAGGAAAAAAACGCAAAGUAGAGCAUCAGACUACUUGUAGCUCUCAGUACAUACAAGGAUCUGAAAAGUGUCUUCAGAAGUCUACUAGAAAAGAAGAAAUAAAACCUGUGCCUGUAACUUCUGAGACAAAAAGAUCAAAAGUGGCUGCUUCAGUGAUAUGUAAAAAGAGUGAAAUGAAGUCAGUUCAUACACAAGUGAAUACUAGCACAAAAUCCCAAAAAAGUCAACAGCCAUCAGUGCCUGAACAAAGUGUAGAUAAUGAGUUGGAGCAAGCAGGAAAGAGCAAACGAGGUAGCAUUCUCCAGCUCUGUGAAGAAAUUGCUGGUGAAAUUGAAUCAGAUACUGUAGAGGUAAAAAAGGAAUCUUCACAAGUGGAAAGUAUAAAGGAGGAGAAAACUACAGAAGUAAAAUUGGAAGAGUCUGAUACUGAAAGACAAAUACUUCAUCAAAAGGAAACAAAUCAGGAUGUGCAGUGUAAUCGUUUCUUUCCUAGUAGAAAAACAAAGCCUGUGAAGUGUAUACUAAAUGGAAUUAACAGCGCAACUAAGAAGAACUCCAACUGGACUAAAAUUAAACUCUCAAAAUUUAACUCUGUGCAGCAAAAUAAAUUGGACUCUCAAACCCCUAAAUUGGGUUUAUUACAAACCAGCUUUUCACCACCAGUUUUAGAAAUGCAUCAUGUAGUGACUCAAAGUGCAUUUUUAGGGACCAAGCCACAUGAUAAAAAUGUAACUUGUGGACAGGAAAAAAUGAAAGAAAUUAAAUCUGAAGAAGUUAAAAUUAACGAUAUUACAGGUGAAAUUAAUAAAACAACAAAAAGGGCUAUUGAAAAUUGUCAGUUGGAUAAUCCGAUAAAAUCUCCUGACCCACUAUUGGAUAAUCAGAUGAAACUUUCUUUUGAGACAAUACCAGAGAAGAAUUUCAGCUUAUGUGUGGAAUCCAAACUGGAAAGCAGUCCAGUAGAAAAUACCACUGCUGUUUCAACUCUGCUCAGUCAAGCAAAAAUUGAUGGAGGAGAGAAUAAAUUUCCAGGCUCAGCUCCCAAACAACACAGUAUACUCAAUAAUCAAACAUCUAAGAACAGUGAUAACAGGGAGAUACCACCAAAUCAUUCUUGGCAUAAGUGUAAUUCCCAUUUGGAGAUAACAAUUCCAAAGGACUUGAAACUGAAAGAAACAGAAAAAGCUGAUGAAAAACAGUUGGUUAUAGAUGCAGGACAAAAAAGAUUUGGAGCAAUGUCCUGUAAUGUUUGUGGAAUGCUUUACACAGCUUCAAAUCCAGAAGAUGAAACUCAGCAUCUGCUUUUCCACAACCAAUUUAUAAGUGCUGUAAAAUAUGUGGGCUGGAAAAAAGAAAGAAUUCUGGCUGAAUACCCUGAUGGCAGGAUAAUAAUGGUUCUUCCUGAAGACCCAAAAUAUGCCCUGAAAAAGGUUGACGAGAUUAGAGAAAUGGUUGAUAAUGACUUAGGUUUCCAACAGGCUCCAUUAAUGUGCUAUUCCAGAACUAAAACACUUCUCUUUAUUUCAAAUGAUAAAAAAGUAGUUGGCUGCCUAAUUGCAGAACAUAUCCAGUGGGGCUACAGAGUUAUAGAAGAGAAACUUCCAGUUACCAAGUCAGAAGAAGAAAAAGUCAGAUUUGAAAGGCAGAAAGCCUGGUGCUGCUCAACAUUGCCAGAGCCUGCAAUAUGUGGGAUCAGUCGAAUAUGGGUGUUCAGCAUGAUGCGGCGGAAGAAAAUAGCUUCUCGCAUGAUUGAAUGCCUAAGGAGUAACUUUAUAUAUGGCUCAUAUUUGAGUAAAGAAGAAAUUGCUUUCUCAGAUCCCACUCCUGAUGGAAAAUUGUUUGCAACACAGUACUGUGGCACUGGUCAAUUUCUGGUAUAUAAUUUUAUUAAUGGACAGAAUACUACUUAAACAAAGCUUGUCUACAGUACUAGAAGACAUCUAUUGAAGAGAAUGGAUUGGUUGCUGACUUUAACCAGGAACUAGGGCCAUUUUUAUUACAAUGAACUCAGGACUGGCAACAACCACGUGGUUGUUCCAUUUUCAUAAAAUUGGAAACAAUGCAGUAAUAGCUUAUUAUUGUUUUGUUUUUUAAAGAAGAUAUUUUAUUAUCUUUUACAGAAAUUUAUGAUUGAUGUAUUUUAUCUAUAGUUAUUUAGACAUGUUUACAUGCAGCAGAUAAUUGUUCAUAGUGGACUGAAAACUAAUGCAAGGACUAUGGUCUCAGUGAUAAGUAUAUUUUGAAGUUCUUAAUAUGGAAAUAUACCAGUGUAGCUUGGUACUGUAUUUUUUUAUAUUGAUCUGCUGAUACCAGUUAUAGGUUUAAAGAUUGUAUUUUCAGAGUGGAAACCAGUGUUUUUCAAUUAUUAUUUAAGGAGGUUGCAGUAUUACGUGUCUAGGAAUUUGAAGCUGAUUCUUAAAAGGCCUCAUGUAUACUUUGAAGAAACCCCUAAAGGAAAAGAAAAUUCCAAAUAGUCAGAGAGAAUUUGGAAUAGUGAACUUUUCCUUCCAUUUCUCUUUUCUACCUUUGAUGGAUUGAAUUGUAAGGGGGUAAAAUUUGAGGUUUUCCUACUUUUUAGAGCUAUAAAUGGCUAGAAUUAUGAAGGGUACUUUUUAAGUUCAAUAUUUCAUUCUGGGUAUACCUUCUUUUUUUAAUGGCAACUUUUGCCACAACUGGGCUGUUAACACUCAAAAGGCUUAUGUAAACAUGGAACAGUUGUAAGCUAAAUAUGGAUGACUUGGUAUCUGCUCUGUUAUUCCUCAAAAAUACUGCACUGAGUAUAUGCCCUCGUUACUGGACUUCAUUUUGAUACUUGUCUAUCCUUCAUAGUGCCCUCUACUUUUAAAGGGUUUAUAUGUUGAAAACUGCUGUGGCCUUUUAUGAUCUGUAUAUAAUGUAGAAUAAAAUAAUAAAAUACUUGCUAGUCUUUUCUAAGUGAUAAAUGUACUAAGAUAAUGUUGUUUUGUCAUUUGUGCUUAUUCAGGGAGUUUCUUAGGUUUUAGAUCUUGAAAUAUGAUUAAAACACUGGGUUCUUAAACUGGUAGUUUUCACCAGUUUCCCAACGGAUCCUUAUGUUAUCAGCAACUCUGCUGAACUUUAUCUCCAAAAGGAAAAAUCCCUUCUGAUUAUUUUAGUAACAUUGCACUUUUCUGAUCUUUCAAGGAAAUAAAGGGCCAUAGCCCGAGGAUGAAGAAUCACUAUGGUUCCACUUCGAUUAUUUUUGUGAGUGUAAAUGAUUGUAUUUUCCUUGAAAACUGGCUAAAAUUAAGGGCCUUAAGUUAAUAUUAACAGGUGUACAUUUUAUCUUCCUAUAGAUUUGUGCUUUUUUUAUUUAUAGAGUGUUGUGAGACUGUACUUUUUAUAUGAUAGGACGGUAAGACAGGAUAAAUAGUUCAUUCUGAGUCAUCAUGAUGGCCUGACUUGAGACUCUUCUAGUCAUCACUGGACUCAUUGUUUGCCUGAAUUUUGUUUUGGUUUUGAUACUGAGGAUUGAACCCAGGAGCACCUAACCACUGAGCCACAUCCCCAACCCCUUUUUAUUUAUUUUUAUUUUGAGAACAGAUCUCAGUAAGUUGCUUAGGGCCUCACUGAGGCUAGCCUUGAACUUGCAAUCCUCCUGCCUCAGCGUCCUGAAUCAUCAGGAUUACAAGUAUGCACCACUGUGCCCGGCAAGGUCCCAUGAAUUUUUAGAAGAAAUUUUGGGGUACCAUAUAGAUUCCCUAGUAACUGGUUAACUUCAUAAUACAGGUUCCAUUUCCACAUGAGCCACAGUAUAAUACUUUUGAUUGGCAAGCCACACUUGGUGGUUUUAAGGAGACCCAUGGGCAGAGAGGAUACAUUAAUUGGUUGCUUUAAAUGUUAACCAUUUACCAGGAAAACAAUUUAUUUUCACGUUUUUAUUGAAAACACAGUCCCUCAAAUAAAUUUUAUAAUCUAGGUAUUUCUCUAAGAAUAGUAGUACUAUUGUAGUACCUAACAUUUGAGUAUUUGCUGUGCUAGAUUCUGUAUUUUGUGCAUUAUUUACCUUAAUCAUCAUGACUAUCCUAUAAAGCAGGGAUUACAGGAGAGGCAUCUAUAAUUUCAAAGAUAAUUGAUACUAUUGUAAUGAUUGUGAAAAAUGUUGAAACACUGAACUGAAGCUGUGAUAUGGGGAUGAAGAAGAGAUGAGUGCCCCUGAAGUUAAUUGGAAUUUAUGACUGGCUGGAAAAGUCCUCUGUGGCAGAAAGUCUAGGGUAUGUGGGAAGUUUGGUUGGAUAAUUAAGUAUAUGGAUUUAUUGAGAUGAUAAUAAGAACAAGGUUGGGAAAAUUUGAUGGUCAACAGUGAGCUUGGUUUUGAUCAAGAUUUUAAGGUAGUUACAGAACCUCCAAGUGUAAGUAUUCGUCUAGUGUACAUUUGGAGAUGUGGAUUUAGAGUAGUUUAAGAGAGGUUUGGGCUGAGUAAAUAAACUUGUAAGUUCAGUUAUUCGAA